GACACCCUUUAGGAGCGACAGUCGGCGACAGUGGUGAUAAGGGACUUGAGCAAUCAUGGUGGUGAACUUCAAGGUGUUCAAAAAAUCCUCACCGAACGGCAAGAUCUCCUUGUACCUGGGCAAGAGAGAUUACAUUGACUACCUGUCCGGUAUCGAGCCGGUGGACAGCGUGAUCCUGUUGGACCAAGAUUACGUGGACACCGGUAGGAAGAUAUGGGGACAGCUGGUCUGCAGCUUUCGUUACGGCCGAGAAGAGGACGAGGUGAUGGGCCUGAACUUUCAAAAGGAUCUUUACCUGGUCUCCGAGCAAGUGUUCCCAGCGACCACGAAGAUGGAAGAUAAUUUGACCAAGCUGCAGGAACGGCUGCUCCGGAAAUUGGGGCCGAACGCAGUUCCGUUCACCUUCAAGUUCCCCCAGACUGCGCCGUCCAGCGUGACCUUGCAGCCGGCCGAAGACGAGACCGGAGAACCUUGCGGCGUGAGCUACUACGUGAAGAUCUACUCGGGCGAGGUGGAAUCGGAUAUUACCCACAAAAGGAGCACCGUCUCGAUGGGCAUCAGGAAGAUUCAAUACGCGCCUACGAAACAGGGUCGGCAACCGUGCACCGUGGUACGAAAGGACUUCCUGUUGAGUCCAGGGGAAUUGGAGCUGGAGGUGACUCUCGACAAGCAGCUGUACCACCACGGAGAGAGGAUAGCCGUGAACGUGUGCGUGAGGAACAACAGUAACAAGGUGGUGAAGAAGAUGAAGGCGCUGGUGCAACAGGGAAUCGACGUAGUGAUCUUCCAGAACGGGCAAUUCCGAACGGUGAUCGACGCGGUCGAGACGCAGGACGGCUGUCCGAUCAAUCCAGGCUCGAAUCUGACCAAGGUGCUCUAUUUGAAACCGGAACUAGAGAGCAAUAAACAUCGCAGGGGCAUCGCGUUGGACGGGAAAUUAAAGAGGGAGGAGGGCGAGCUGGCAUCGAGCACUCUCCUCCUCUCACCGGACGUUCGCGACUCCUUCGGCAUCGUAGUCUCGUAUGCGGUCAAGGUGAAGCUGUAUCUGGGUGCCCUCAGCGGAGAACUCUCAGCAGAGCUGCCGUUCAUCCUGAUGCGACCGAAGCCUGUGGACCGGAUCAGAGUGGUGAACGCGGACAACGUCGAGGUGGAGGACGUCCAGGAAGAGAAGAAACCUAUCAGCAGUUAGAGAACGACACUAGGCAACCGUUGGCUCGGGUUCAAUCGGAGGAACGACGUGACAAGGGUGUAAUAUCUCGGAAAAGCAAACGUUCCGUUGCUUUUUGUAUCAAACCCGUUUCGAUACAUGUAUUCCGAUACCAUGUUAAGAGGUCCAAGAGAUUUCGAACGGCAUUGAAAGAAUGAUGGCAAUAAAUUAUCUUGUAUAACCAGAAUAACUUACGUUUAGGAACGAGGGUGUAAUUCGUUAGAUAUUGGUCCAGCGUACCUGAAGUGGGUCAACGAUUCUAGGAAUCCGACGCUAUCGAUCACCGGAAGCUAGAUGAAAGUGAAUCGAACAACGUGACCGAAACACACUUCCUUCGCAUGUAGAUUACCCGUAGACGCAAUUGUGAAACUCGGUAGAAAUAAAAUGACGUGCACAUGCGAUAAAACA